GGCGGUUUGGGGCUUACGGCGUUAUGCAAGGGAUCCCACUGGUAGCCUCCCCGCCCGUACACUCCGAAGCACCGCCCACGCCCAUCGACGUCACCGCCUAUCAGCCACCAUGGAAGACCCUGACCGAGUUCGCCCUCACCCACGACCUGGAGAGACUUGAUCCCUCCCACCCGCAAUACCAACACAUGUUACAGCAGAUGCACGGGUACGGGCUUGACCCGGAGCAGAGUAUGGCGGCCCACCUGCAGCUGCCGCAGUACAUGGACGAGGGCGGACCUAUGGGACACCCUUACUCCCACCCGCCCUCCAACCCCUCCGCCCAGUACCCCGGCACGCCCUCAGAGCUCUCUUCCACCUCCAGCGACUAGUGGAGGGCCGGAGGUCUCCUCCACCUCCUGCACAUGAUGGAGAGAAGACCUACCCUCACCCCUGAAUUACCCUGACCCCCUCCCGCUUACCUCCCAUUAACCCAACCCUGACCCCCGCCCCCCAUCUUCCCCGGACCCCUUGACCCCGGUGAGAUAGUUGGAGACCUAAAAGGCUCUCUGUGAUUUUUUUUUUAGGAGCGACGAAGGAGUUCAGAGAGAGAGUUUUCAAGAGACAAGGACAUCCAAGCCAGCCCUGAACAACAACAUCCCGGUGAGAGACUCCUGCGAGGGCCUCCAAGAGUCUACAGGGAAGGCGAGAGGAGGGGGAGAUCAAAGACAGAGACCUUAAUGAGACUCUCUGAAGCAGUAUGUGCAGGCUGCCCCUGCCUUGACCUGACCCGUCAAGAGAGACUUGGAAACCCAGAGAAAGAUCGUCUAGACUUGAUAGGGAACGGCGAGGGAGAUCAGUGAGAGAGACAGAGACAGAGGGAGAUUUUGGAAGCAAUAUCAUACAACCCAACUGUUAUGGGCGAGGGAGAGGUUGAUAGUCGACCUCAUAAGAUGGCGAGUGAGAUAUAAUAUACCUGGAACUAAUGACAAAAUCGACCUGCAGGGGAGGUAGUCGUCCUGAAUAAACAAACAAACCCCUGUCUACCUGGACGUGGGGUGGGGUAGUGGUGGUGGUCGCCCUGAGUAAACAAACACCUUGUCUACAUACCUGUCUACCUGGAGGACCUCUGUAGUGAAGAAAGUAAUAGUUACACAAAAACUGAUUCACGUUCAUCUACUUAUAAGAAAAAUAAUCAAACUUAUCUUUUCCUGAAGUAUUAUAAGUAAAUACUGAAGUGAACAGUAAAUAUCACUUUUACUUAAAUGUUACCGGAGUGUAAAAUUUGGAGGCUAUGCAAAUCAUCAGAGGUCACAAUAACACACAGACUGACACACGUAACUAUAUGUGAAUGGUGGAGUGAAUAGUUUGUUUCAUUUAUAUUAAAGCAGUGAGCUGACCAGAGCGCCACGAAAAUAUUGUCGGCGCUAAAAAGUUGAUUUCUUAAUCUGAUUUAAUUUCAUAGACGAUAACUGUAAGCUGACUACCUGGUGCAGAUCCUUUUAUGAAAUGUUGGAUGCGGAUGAACAAAUGCCGGAGCUUUUGAACAAAUAUUGAAGCGUUUAAAAUAAAUACUGUAGCGUUUAAAUAAUUCCCGGAGAGUUGGAACAAAUAUUGAAGCAUUUAAAAUAAAUACAUGAAAACGCUUGAACAAAUACUGGAACGCUUGAACAAAUACUGGAACGCUUGAACAAAUACUGGAACGCUUGAACAAAUGCUGGAGAGUUUAAACACAUUUUAUUGUAGAAGAACUUUAAAAUACCUUAAAGAAACUUGAAUAAAUUUGAAAAGACUUGAAUUUGAAAGAAACUUGAAGAAAUUGAAUGAAAACACGAGAAAAAAAAUUAAAAGGAACUUGAAAAAAAAACCUGACGACAACAACAAAAUUUUAAGACUCAACCGGAAGAAAAAUCAUUCAACUACGACUUCACCCAACCGCUAGCAUCACCAUUACGACCAGUUCUACUAGCAAUACCAAUACGACCACUAUCCACUACUAGCACCACCACUACGAAUAUUACCACCACCACCACCAGUUCCAUCUACUACCAUCACCAGUCUACUACCAUCUGCCACUACCAUAAGCAACUCUACCACGACCACCAACCACCAUUACUACUACU